AUGCUUGAAAAUAAUUUAGAUCCAAGAGAUUUCGAAACUGCUGAAUAUGAUUAUAUCUGUGCUAAAGAUAGAUUUAAUAACAUAAAGUUUAUUUAUAAGGAGAAACUUGGUAAAAGUAUAUUCCUUUCUAAGCUUAAAUCAAUCAGUGAUUGUACUUUUGAUAAAGAUACAAUUAAUCGUAAAGAUAAUCUUGUAAGUGUUAAAGAUGGUAACAACAGUAAGGAUAGUGAGAUUUAUGAGUUGUCUAAAUUGUGUUAUGAUUUGGAUAAACAAUUAUGUGAGUAUGAUGGUAGACUUAAUCUGCUUAAAAAUGUUCAUAACAAAUUAAAAAAUGAAGAUGAAAAAUUGAGAGUUUAUUGUAACAGUUCUGAAAAUAAAGCCAUAUUGAAUGCUGAAUUUGACUUUACAGAUAAUGAAAUGAAGAAUGUUCUUAUUGAAAUAGAUAAACUUAAACAAUCACUUAAUAAAGAAUCAUUACAGAAAAUGUUAAAUGAAAAGAUCAAAUUAGAACAAGAGUUAGUGAAUUUAAAGUUAAAUGUUAAAAGAAUGACUCUCAUGCCUUCAGAAAAUAAGUUAGAGGAAAUUCAUAAUUGGUAUUUGUCUUUGUUGGGUGUUUAUAGGAAGUUAUUUGGUGAAUUUGAAGUGUCUUUUAGUUCUAAUAAGUGUGAAAUGACUAUUUUUAACAAAGUUUAUGAAUAUUCAGUUAAAUUGAUUAUUGAAAAUAACAAAUUACAACAAAUUGUUUUUAUUAACAUUCCUGAAAGUAUGUUACAAGUUUAUAAUGAAGUUAGAGAGUGGUGUAUUAGAUUAAACGACCCUAGAUUGAUUAUGCAUUUUUUAACAAAUUUAGAGGGUUUGAUUUAA